AUGCCUCCACGACGCUCGAACCGCAUGGCGUCCAGCCGGCUCUUUGACGGCAGCUCCGAGGCCGGUGGCCCGGUGGACGGCAUGACCUCGCCGAUGCGCAGUGCCGUGACUGGCCGGGGCAUGUCGCCUGGGCCGGCCAAGUACAGCUCUGCGUACGGCUCACCGCCGACCGUGAUGCCAACCCGUCAGAAUGCUGCCCGACAGCGGUACAGCCUGACCAGUGCGCUGAGCCGGGUCAUCGAUACGGUCGACGACGACAACGAGAACGACUCGCGCGAGCGGGCACAGCGCGAGGCCGAAGAACAGCGUCGAAGGCAACCCAGCAUGCCGGUGCCGGAGCCAGAACCAGAGCGAGAGCGAGAGCGAGAGCGAGAACGAGAACGAGAACGGGAACCAGACACGGGGCCGGAACCGGUGGCAGUGCCUGAGUGGCACACCGACCCGGACGAGGACGACGGGUACGUGGCGAUCGAUAACAGCGAACGCCGUGAGGAAACGGACAACUCGGUGGACUUUGUCUCGAUGCCUGGCGACAGGGGGCGGCCAAAAGAUGGUCACAAGAGCAUGACGCCCGAACGGCAAGGCGACACAGCCACACACAACUUUGCCGAAGAGGACAGCAUCUUUGCGCAGGCGCGCAUCUUCACGCCCGUGCUGCCGUCGCGAACGGGAGUGGUCGCCCGAACAUCGCACGCGCUGCAGAGCCUUCUCAACUCGGCCCGGCGGCUCUCGAUACGGCGCGACGAGUCGGAUGACGAGGCCGUCCGACAGGCAUAUCCACAUCUCAACUUUAUCCAUCCGCGUUCGGACCAGGAGCCGGAGCCGGAGCCUACACUGUCAGAGAAGCCUGUUGACGCAGCGGUGGCGAGUGAUCCGAUUAGCACGGACAGCCCUGGAGAUCCUGAAGAGAAUCAGCAGCAGCCGCAACCGAUUUCCCGGACCGACAUUGUACGCGACCUCCGACCAAGGACAGGCACUCCGGGGCCGAUUGUGCGGACGAGAAAGACAGUUCCGAGGAAUAUGCGCGGCUCGACCUCGGACGAGCUGGGUGAUUACGAGGUUGAGGCCACGGCGGCCGCGCGCAGCAACAUGGCGAGAAGACGGCAGGGAAGGAAACAGACGGACCCCCAGGCAGCCAACCAGGACGACGACGAUGGGGACAAGUCACGGCAGGCGUGGUGGCAACGGAUGGUGGCGGCCAUGUGGCACUUCACAAUGCAUGUCGGGUCGAUUAGCAAGGCGAUGUCCUUGGCGAUCACGCUGCUCGUGCUGGGGGCAGUGGCGGUGCGGGUGCUUGUGAUCUCGACAGCGUCGCCGGAGCUGUACGAGGGUUAUAGCAUGGACAAGCGGCUGCACUGGUACGGGAGUGACUGGCGCAGCAAUCUGGGCCAGCUGGUACCAUAUGCGCUGGUGCACCCGCUAGGCGCGCUCAGCGACGAGGAGUUCGCGCGGAUGAACGGGCUGAUGCUGGGCCACGCGAGCGAGCUGGCACAGAUGCGCCAUGCCCAAAGUCUCCAGGGUGACGCGCUGGACCGCAUCGGGCGGGUGUUGCCGGCGGUGGUGCACAUGGAGCUGGACAAGCGUGGACGGCCGGUGAUUGCGCAGGAGUUUUGGCACGCGCUCAAGGACAGCAUCCAGGCAGACCAGGACAUCUUCACGCUAAUCCAGCGAGAGGACGGGGCGCCGGUCAUCUCAGACCUGCAAUGGACAGCGCUGAAGCACCAGCUAGAAGCGUCGAGCCUGUUGCCAGACCCCAAGGCCGGGUCUAUGGCGCUGUCGGUGCACGACGUGGAGGAGAUUGCCGAGACAACCAUGGCCAAGUCGUGGGAGGCCUGGCUGCGACGCAACCAGAAUAAGGUCCGCGAUAUCCUGACCGGUAUGGGCGGGUCGGCCUGGUCGCCCGACGCACAGCAGCAGCAGCAACAGCAGCAACAGCAGCAGCAGACGGACCUGUCGCUGGAGCGGCUGACGGACAAGCAGGUGGCCAAGCUGGCGCAAAAGAUGAUGGGCUCGAGCGCGGCGCGUGAGGUGAUCGUGUCGCGGCAGGAGUUCUUGCAGAUCCUGCAGAACAAUUUUGUGGAGCACCGGGUAGAGAUCAAGGGCGAGCUGGCCGAGCUGGAGGCACGCGUGCUGGAGGUAGCCAAGGCAGCGGCAGCAGCAGUGCCGUCGUCGUCGGGAGCAGACGCGGGCACGGCGCCAUCGUCUCGAGAGUCGCUACCGGGAGGCAGCAUGAGCCGGAAAGAGGUGACGCAGCUGGUGGACCAGCUGGUGCGCAAGGGUAUCAGCGAUGCGCAGCUGGAGGCGAUGGCACGCGGCAAGAUCCGAGCGGACUGGAACGCCAAUCUGAUCAACCAGGUCAACUUCUUUUCGCGCAGCACGGGUGCGACAUUCAACCACCACUUCUCGAGCCCGUCGUACCAGCCGGCGCUGCCGUCGGGCUGGAAGCGGCUCUGGGGGGGCGGACGGAGCGACGGAGGCGGCAGCGGCGGUUCAGGCGGCGGUGGUGGCAGCAGCGGUGGCAGCGACAGCAGCGACGACAGCUCGAUGGCCGGACGGCCGAUGCCGGGCUCGCAGCGCGGCUCGGUCGUGUUUGAGCCAUGGGAGCAGGAUGGCGACUGCUGGUGUGCAGCACAGGGAAAGAGCCGGCAAGGCGAGGGCAGCGGAUCGCGGCCAGCCAGGACGCAAGCGGCCAGCGUGGCCGUCAAGCUGGGCCUGCGCGUGGUACCGCAACACGUGGUGGUCGAGCAUAUCAGCGCCGGGGCGACGCUCGAUCCUGGGGCCACACCCAAGGCUAUCGAGGUGUGGGCGCAGAUCACCGACUACGCACAGCAGCGGCCGCUGCAAGACUGGAGCCUGGCCCGAUUUCCCGAUACGGACGAGCGCAGCCCGCUCUUCGGCUGGGGCUUUGUCAAGAUCGGUGCCUUCUCGUACGAGCAGGCGGCCACGGCCGGUGAUGGCAGCGUGCAGGUCUUUCGGCUGCCACCAGAACUGGAGACGUUGGAUGCUGUGACUGAUCACGUGAUUGUGCGGGCGCUCUCCAACUAUGGCGCCGACCACACGUGCUUCUACCGGCUGCGGCUGUACGGACAGGUGCGGCCAGACAUGGUGUAG